UCAGGCUCUCCGAGCCGGGCAGCCGGCUAUGGAUGGCAAAUAGCUGCCCGAACUCGUCAGUGAUCCUUCCUUGACACUACGCAACGCAGGGGCGGGUCCCGCGACGCAGCGUUUUCCCCGAGGGGGCACCGGUGAUGGCGGGCAUCUACCAGGACUUCAGCCAGUCGCUGCGGCGCAGCCCGAGCCCACCACCGACGACGUACAACCCCAGGAACUACGAUCCCUCGCCUCCAAAGGUGGUACCGCCUCGGCCGCGGCCGCGCCGCGCGCCGCCGACGCGGGCGCCGCGGCGGUCGCGGUCCAAGAAAAAGGAGUGGAAGAACGCCUGGACGCAGCGCGCCCUGACGCCGCAGACGCUGUCGCCGCCGCCGCGCGCCGAUCGCGCGCCCUCGGCGCGGAGCCCGCCGCCCGAGCUGCCGCCGGCGCCGGCGCCGCCGGAGUCCGCGCCGCCGCCGCCGCCGCUGUCGAUCCGGACCGCGCGCAAGCUGCUCGAUGCGAUGCGCGCGCGCGGCGUGGCGGCGCAGGCCGAGACGCGGGCGCCGCGCCUCGGGCCGCUCGACGACUCGUGGUCGCCGCCGUCGCCGCCGGCGCAGCCCGACGUCGCGGUCCGCGCGGCGCGGGCCGUGCUCCGCGAGCGCCGCGUCGCGCCGGGCGUCGGCGAGUGGCUCGUGCGGCUCCUGCUGCGCGUCGAGGCGGACCCGCAGGAGGGCUGGAACGCCAAGCUCCGGCGCCUCGACGCCUACCUGCACCCGCCGAUCCCCUACGACGCCUCCGCGCCGGAGCGGCCGGCCUCGCCGCCCGUCGUCGAACGCCCGUUCAGCGCCGCGGCCGUCGACGCGCUCGCCGGGCGCGUCCCGACGCCGACGCCGCUCGACCGGGCCCGCUUCCUGAACGCGACCGCGCAGCCGACGCCCACGGCGCGCCGGCGCCUGGCCUUCGCGACGACAGCGCCGGCGACCGCGUCGACGCGCUCCACCGCGCCGACCGCGCCGACCGCUCCGACCGCUCCGAUCGCUCCGACGCCCGGCCGCCCCGCCGUUCAGACGCCCGCCGUUGACGCGCGGUCGUCGCCGGCCGUCGCGCUGCUGCGGGACGAGGCCGAGCGCCUCUUUCCGACGCCCACCGCGCGGGCGCGCGCGGAGGCGUCCGAGCGCCUGUUUCCGUCGCCCGAGUCCGUGUCCGCGGACGAGCUGCACCGGCUCUUCCGGACGCCCGAGGCCACGCCGGCGCCGAAGUCGCCCGAGGCGUCGCCGCCGGCCUCGCCGCCGACGCCCGCCGAGACUCGGGCCUUCGAGGCGACGGCGCUCGCGGUGACGGUCGCGCGCGGCGGCUCGCCCUCGGUCGACGUCGACGGGGGCGACGGCUUCGCCUGGAUCGCCGUGCUGCCGCCGGACCCGAAGCCCGUGCCACUCAAGGCGCCGAGCCCGCGCGCCGCGCCGGAGGUCUACACGCCGCCGCCGCCGCCGGCGAUCGUCGUCAAGCCCGGGCCGAUCGCUGACGAGGUCGCCUGCCUCGCGCUCCUCCGCCGCGCGGCCUGCGCGCUGCCCUUUGACCUGCUGCUGCGGUGGCGCGCGCACCUCCGGACGGCCGGGCGGCGGCGCGUCGAGCCAAAAAGGCGGCGCUCGCUGGGGGACCCGCCACGUAAGGCCUCGACGAGGCCCGCGCGCCGGGCGUCCAUCGACUCGACCGUGUCCCAGGUCUCGGCCGUCGACGACGCCACGCGCGGCCGAAGCUCCAAGCCGGAGGACGCGCGGACGCCCGCGCUGCGGCGGGCGGCCGCGCGCGUCUUCGACGCCGUGGUGCGCGGGCGGGCCCACGCGGCCUGGCGCGCGUUCGCGCGGAAAUGCCGGCGCCUCGACACGCACGCGGUGCGGCGCGCCAAGGCCCGGGGCCUCGCCCGCUUCGCCUUCUUCGCCGAGCGGCGCCGGGCCGUCCGCUCCUUAGUGGCGCGGGCCCGCCGGAACGCGCUGUUCCGCGGCGUCCUGCGCUUCGCCCACGUGCGGCGCAAGGCGCUCGAGGCGCGCGCGAUGGACGUGCACGCCCGGACGAACGCGAAACAGCGCGCGCUGCGGCGCUUCGAGGCGUGGCGCGACUGGAUGCAAAAGCUCCGCGCCUGCGACGCGCUCGCGCGCCGGCGCGGCAAGGAACGGGGCCUCGCGCACGCCGCGAAAUUCGCGCGGAUGCGCGUCUUCAAGCGGCGCCACCGCGCGGCGGUCGUCCUCCAGUGCGCGCGGCGCUGCUUCGAUGCGCGGCGCGCGGCCCGGAACCUCCGCGGCGUCGUCGACGCGCAGCGCCGCGCGCGGGGCAACGCCGCACGCCGCUUCUUCCGGCGCGCGCGCGCGGCCCGCCGGACGCAAGCCCAUUUCCGGGGCUUCCUCGCGCGGCGGCUCUACGCGCAUAGGCGCCGACGCUGCCUCCUCGCCGGGGCCAAUUUCCGGCGGAACGUGGCGCGGGCGCGCUUCGUCAAGCUUCGCUGCGCGACUAUCCGGCUCGAGGCGGCCGCGCGGCGGCGGCCCCGGCGCCGCUGGUUCGUCGGCGCGCGCGUGGCGUCGCGCGUCGUCGCGCGGCGCGCGCGGGGCCGCUCGCGGCGGCUCUGGUACCUCGGCGCGCGGGCGGCGGCCAUCGCUCUCGAGGCGCUCGUGCGGGGCGAGAUCGCGCGGGCGGCCUACACGCGGCUCUGCGCGUCGAUCUGGAUUCAGACCUACGUCCGGGGCUUUGUCGCUCGCGUGCGCUUCGGCGCGCUGCGCACCGUUGCGGUUCGGGCGCAGACGCGCGCCCGCGGGCGGCGGGCGCGACGCCUUUAUCACGAGGCGCUCCGCGCGACCGUCGUGCUGGAGACCUGGGUGCGGCAUCAGCUCUGGCGCCUGCUCUUCGGACGGCUCCGGACCGCGGCCUUGCUGGCGCAGCGCCACGUGCGCGGCGCGGCGGCGCGAAGAGAGGCGGCGCGGCGGCGGAAGCGCCGCGACGCCGCGACGGCCAUUCAGCGUUGCGUGCGCGGCCGGUCGCGGAAUGUGUGGUUCCGGGGCGCGCGCGCCGCCGCGACCUGUCUGGAGGCGCUCGCGCGCGGUUGGUUCGGGCGGGGGCGGGCGACGCGGCUCCGCGCGGCGAUCGCCAUCGAGGCGGCCGGGCGCCGCUCCAUGGUGCGUACCUGGUAUCGCGGGACCAAGCGCGCGACGGUGUGCGUCCAGCGCCGCGAGCGCGGCGUCCAGGCGCGGCGGCGCUACGCGGAGGCCAAGGGCGCGGCGGUAGUGCUCGAAACGACGGCGCGGCGGCACCGCGCCGCGACGUCGUACGGGAGGCUUCGCGUCGGCGCGGCCGUGGCGCAGACGCGCGCCCGGGCCGCCGCCGCAAAACGAGAAGCGGCGCGGCGGCGGCGCCAGCGCGCCGCGGCGACGCUCGUGCAGACGCACUGGCGCGCGCGCUCGGGGCGCCAGUGGCUUGACGACAUGAUGCGCUUAGUCAGGAUGGUCCAGGCGGCAUACCGCGGCAGCCGGGCGCGGAGGUGGGUGCGGCGGUACCGCGCCGCCCGCGCGAUCCAGGGCCCGUGGCGCGGCGCGGCGAUGCGACAGGUCCUCCGGCGCGAAGAGAGGGCGGCAGCAACGCUGGGCCGCCACGAGCGCGCGCGCCAGUUCAGGCGGGAGGUCCGGCGGGCGGCGAAGCGCUGGCGCUACCGCAACCUCCGGCUCACGCGGCUGCAGGCUCUGGCGCGCGGCUUCACGCGGAGGUGCCGUAUGCGUAACGCCGCCGCCGCGGUGCUGCAACGGUGGGCGCGGUGCUGCGCGGCCUGGCGGCGGUGCGCUUGCUUACGGCUCGCCGAGGCGGCGACGAGGCGCGCCGCGCUGCUGUUCGGCGCCCGCCUGGCCCUCAAGCGAAUGAAGCGCGACGCCGACGAGGCGAACGCGCGGCGCGAGGCCGAGGCGCGCGCGACGAUCGGCAACGUGCGGCUGCACUCGCGCCGGGCGUUGUUAGUUUUGCACGAUUUCGCGAAGGCGCGGCAGUGGCGCCGUGCGACGGCGGUGCACGGUAGAGCAGUUACGGACGCGCGCUCCCGGCGCCGAGCAUUGCGCAAGUGGCGGCGCCGCGUGCGCCAGGCGAUCUACGAGCGCAUCGAUCGAGGGGCCACAAAGUUCCUGACGCGGCUCCACGGCGCCGUCUGCGCCCGCAAGGCGUCGCGCCGGGCACGCGCCCACUAUCUGGCGUCGCUCGCCUCGCACGUCUUCCAGUGCUGGUGGUUGAGGACCUUUGGGCUCGCGAACGCCGUGCGCCGCGUGCUGCCGUCGGAGGCCGUGCGGGCGGCGAUGGAGCGGGAGGAGUUUGAUGCGUCGCGGUACGAUUUGUCGGUUGCGUUCUCGCCACUUUAG